UCUAAUGGUAGCCUGGAGGUCCCUGGACCACGGUUUGGAAACCUCUUUAACUGCUCGUCCUCCCUUUUGCACCUCCUCAGUAGUGACUUCAGCCUCGGUUGGAGGGGGAGGAGCAGGCUGGGAGGCUCUGCUCUGCUCCCAUGUUGAUGUUUGUUGUUUGCGAGGGUGGCAGCAGCACCGUGCGUGGAGAGGGACACAAUGUAGACGGAGGGUUUGUCGACUGGCCUGCCUGCACGCUUCUCCGGGAGGGGGGUGGAUUUUCCGCAACUUUUUCCCCGAAAAACGAGGCCGAACGGUGAAGAUACGUGAUGAUUAUCGCCGCGAAACGCUCGGACAUAUGGUUAUAAAGAGGUCCUGCCUUGGCUCGCGUUGUGCGCAAAGACUCGCACUGUGUUCACCGAGCGACGGACGGCCAGUCAGGAUGCUGGAGCUCGUCUGAGAGCACCCCCGUCGUGUGGUCUUUUCUCUGGAUUCCCCUUCCUUUUUUUUUUUUUUUUUUUUAUUUAUUUCAGACGAACUUCUUCCUCUCCUCAGUUUGACUGUCAUUUUAUUUACCCUUUCAACUUCUGAGAAAAAAAAUGGUGUCGUCGGCUCGCAACAAACCUGGAUAACGAAAGGAGCAGCUACGCGACACCACCCAGACACGACGACCAGCGUUACUUUCCUUCGAGGCACAUCUGCCCCGGGAUUUAUACAGCUGUGGGGAUUUUUAAUCAGCAGUCGAUGCAUCUCGGGGUGUCUGAGUCCAUGAGAGAGUGCGAGUACAGCCAGAUCAGCACUCGCAGCUCCACACCAAUGGAGACCCCAUACAAGAAAAAGAGCCCGAAGAAGAAGAAGUGGGAGUCCUUCCCAGGUCGGAAUAAAUUUUACUGCGAUGGGAGGAUUAUGAUGGCCAAGCAGACUGGGGUUUUCUACCUCACCCUUGUCCUCAUUCUAGUGACUUGUGGACUUUUCUUCACCUUUGAUUGUCCGUUCCUGGCGCUGCAGUUGACUCCAGUCAUCCCAGUCAUAGGAGGUGUCCUGUUUAUGUUUGUAAUGGGGACGCUCUUGAGAACCAGCUUCAGUGACCCAGGGGUACUGCCCAGGGCCACCCCGGAUGAAGCAGCUGAUCUGGAGAGGCAAAUAGAUGUGGCUAAUGGCAGCACUGGCUACAGGCCUCCUCCCAGGACCAAGGAAGUGGUCAUUAACGGCCAAACAGUCAAGCUGAAGUAUUGCUUCACCUGCAAGAUCUUCAGACCGCCACGUGCCUCCCACUGCAGCCUCUGUGACAACUGUGUGGAGCGUUUCGACCACCACUGUCCCUGGGUGGGGAAUUGUGUGGGAAGGAGGAACUACCGUUUCUUCUACAUGUUCAUCCUCUCGCUCUCCUUCCUCACCAUCUUCAUCUUCGCCUUCGUCAUCACGCACAUCAUUUUACGCUCCCAUCAAAGCGGGUUCCUCAACGCACUUAAAGAUAGUCCUGCCAGUGUGCUGGAGGUGGUAGUGUGUUUCUUCUCUGUCUGGUCCAUAGUGGGCCUCUCAGGCUUCCAUACCUACCUAAUCAGCUCCAACCAGACCACCAAUGAGGAUAUAAAAGGGUCUUGGUCUUCUAAAAGAGGGAAAGACAACUAUAACCCAUACAGCCAUGGCAAUAUAUUCACCAACUGCUGUGCAGCCCUGUGUGGACCCCUGCCACCGAGUCUCAUUGACAGACGGGGCUUCAUCCAAUCAGACGCACCACAGCUGGCGCCACCAACCAAUGGCAUCACUAUGUAUGGUGCCACCCAGUCUCAGCAGAGCCACAUGUCCUUAGUUCCUUGGUUGAAGUACCAUGGCCUUGUCUCACCCGGACCAUAUCGUCACGCCUACAGGACCAGGCCUUCGUCAGCAUAAGACAGUGACGAAGCAUCUUUCACAGCAGCCUGUCUGACGCAGUCAAACUCCAACUGUUGGCUUUUGUUCAUUUGCCAUAAACAGAUAAUCAGCUCUCACAACCUGAGACAGAUUCAUUUAGCCCCAUACAGUUUGAGGAUCUGAAAUUGCAAACAUCAUGUCUUACUUUGUCUGAUUGACUCUGAUUGUAAUGAUAAACAUUGGCUAUUAGUUUAAGGACCUGCCUAAAUUACUUAACAUAGUCAGAGAGAGAGUAAAGGCCUGAUGAGGUCAAGCAGCUUCAUUUAAUUAUCUGACACAACAAGCCACCAACUCAGACACGCUGCAGCUUCUUCUCUCUUGUAGAGGAAAUGCAGUUAGUCUCUCUCAUCCCACUGAAUUGAAUAUGAAUUUGCUCUGGAUUGCAAAGUGCGAGACAGCAAUGUUUUUGAUAUUGUAUGUGCCACUUCACAUUGUGUAAAUUAGGUCACCAGUAGCAGGGAAAGGUCCUUCAUGUGUCUGCUCAGGGGUGGCAUCGCAGCCUAAGCUGUAGGAUUUUACUCUCCCUGAUUUCCAUCUUUCUUUUUCCGUUUGAGUCAAUUGCAAAAGAAUUAUUAGCCAAUUAUUCUGAUAAACGAUCGAUCCUCAAGUCUUUGUUGGUUCCAGCUUCUUAAAUGUAAAGAUUUCUUGCUUUUCUUUCCUCAUUUAUGAUUGUAAAUGACUGGACUGUUGGUCGGACAUUUCAUAUACUAAACAUUUAAUCAAUCGAUCGGCAAAUUUAAUGGAUAUUGAAACAAUAAGUUAGUUGCAUCUGCUCUGCUCAGUCACAAUUAGGGAAGUCAGUGGCUAACCAAUAAUCAGUUAAUCACCAAGAAUGUUUUUGACCAGUUACGCAUAUUUCUCUAGGUCAAUUUGCACACACAGGCCUCCAGGAUGCAACUUUUUUAAUUGCAUGUUCUCUAAGAAGUGUUAAAAACUUUGUCAUUGGCCACAUUAAUGAAAUAACUCAGGGGCACCAGCACAACCAGUGCAAAAUGUUAGUCUGGAUCCCUGAAAAACACACACACACAUACACACAGCAAAGUAACACAUGAAUCAUGCUAAAUGAAGCACACUGUGGGAACAUUUCCUGCAGAAAGGCAACAAAGUCAAGUGUAAAUUGUGUGAUGCUACUUUUAAUGCAACAUAAUAAAGAAAUUGUCCUUUUGUGCAAUUACA